UAAUAAAUAAAACACCAUAAAAAGCACGACAUCUGCAGCUGUGUUCGUCAAGCCAAGACGUUCUGAGAUGGAGACUUUGAGAAUCUCUUUUGUUUUCUUGAUGAUCAGUUUGGUCCAUUUGGCCACGGCUGAAAUACCGUCUCAAAGAGUGAUUGACUUUCUGAGACUUUUCAACGGGAGGACCACCAAUAAGAAACAAGUGCAAGAGGAGAAAGACCAAAAUUCUCCCAUUAGACACGCCCCUGCUGUUGGUACUUUUAUACCAAUCAUUAUUCCAGCCUUUGGUGAGACACCAGCCAUUUUAUUGGAAGAAGUGUUUUACAACCAACUGAUACGCCGGGAAGUGUUGGUGGUCAAGGAGAGAGACGACGGCUCCAUACGGCUCAUUCCAUAUAACUUUACCAACAACUUACUCACUGGACCCGGUAAGUUUGAUCUGGAAAGUUUGAAUUCUCUAUCUUUGGAAGAUUUCUCAACGAUAGGAGACUGUGAUGGCCGCUUUGCAAGACUUACAAAUGACUUGUACUUUGGACACUUACCUGACUGUAAAAGCUACGUCGAUGGGCUACACCCAGACUACGCCUUCACUCUGACCUGCACUUUGAUAACUGUUGAUGUUCUGGGCAAGACUUCACUGGAGCAUAUCCCGGCUCCCUAUUACCAAGUUGUGGAAGAAAAGUUUCCUUUGCCGUCAUACCUGAAUGGUUACGACGCGAAUAAAGUCUGCUCUUAAGUAACACCUGGAUACCUAACCAAGUUACAAAAAAACAACCAAAAACAAUUAAUUGUAGAUUUAAUU